AAGCUUUGCAUUUGCUGCAGUAUGACCUAUUUUAUUGAUGGACUGUAUACAUACCAGCGUGUAUACUGUGCCGCCUAGGUUACACAUUAUUGUUAAGAUUUGAUAGUACUGAUAUCAAGGCAGUUCAUCAUUACAGUUAACACAAUACAAUUUAUAUCACAACAUUGAAUGAUCUGCAGUUUAACAUGGACCAAUGAGGAUCCCAACCGUUUGCAAGUUAGUCUGCUUGUGAGCUGCACAGACCCUCCAUGCUAACUCUGGUCACGCACAGACUUAAUGGAUACGUAAAUCCUUGCGUCCUGUCGUCCGUGGCACGAUUCUGUACCAGCCGUGCCAGAAUGGCCAAGAGCAAGUUUGAGUACGUUCGCAUCUUUGAAACAGAUGACACGUGUUUGCGAAACUGCUACAUUGUUGUACGACUGGAUGGACGCAACUUCCACAAGUUUGCGGAACAGCACAACUUCGCCAAGCCCAAUGACGACAGAGCGCUGGGCCUGAUGACACGCAGCGCUCGAUCAGUCAUGGAGGAGCUGGAGGACAUAGUUCUGGCCUACGGACAGAGCGAUGAGUUCAGCUUCGUCUUCAAGAGGACCUCCAACUGGUUCAAGAGGAGAGCCAGUAAGCUGAUGACCCAUGUGGCCUCCCAGUUCUCCUCCUCGUAUGUGUUUUACUGGAAGGACCACUUCGGGGAAGAGCCCCUCCUCUACCCCCCCGGCUUCGAUGGCAGGGUGGUCCUGUAUCCUAGCAACCGUAACCUGAGAGACUAUGUGAGCUGGAGGCAAGCCGACUGUCACAUCAACAACUUGUACAACACAGUGUUCUGGACCUUGGUUCAGAGGGGCGGGCUCACAACAGUCCAAGCAGAGGAGCGCUUAAAGGGAACGCUGGCUGCAGAUAAGAACGAGAUCCUGUUCUCCGAGUUUGACAUCAACUACAACAAAGAGCCUCUGGUGCACCGGAAGGGCACAGCGCUCAUCUGGGAGAAGCACGAGGAGACCGUCACCAAACGGGUGAAGCUUCCCAACGAGGAGGAGAAGGAGGUGCAGGUGGUCCGCCCCCGGAGGAGGGUCCACGCCCACCACUGUGACCUCAUAGGGGAGGAGUUCUGGGAGGAGCACCCUGACAUCCUGGAGGACGACGGCUGCUGACCAAUCGCACGGCAGGGCUCAGACCAAUGGGAGGGGCUCUGGUGAGGGACACGCCCAGAGAAGGUGUGGUGGAAGUCUGGACUGUGUCUCGGUUGACUGAUUUGUCACAUAUGCAGCAUGCUUGGAGAUAACACCAGUCCUGUACUGAUUCCUGUAUGGAGCAAGCCACACCAUGUACGAAGCCUUUACGAUAACGCCUGGUCAGAAAUAUUGGACUGAAUGGGCCUUCAUUGAUACUGAAUCCCUCCAUGAAUCUGCCUGUUCACUGGAGAAAGCCUCGAGUCAACAGGCUUUCAGCACCAGAAACACCUCCAUGCUGCCCCAGUUAUUAAAGUGUUUAAACACCA